CUCUGAUCAUCUUCUGCUGGAUGAGCCCACCACUCGGAACAUGGACCACAGUGAGACCGCGGGACCGAACGCGACUGAUCCUCCGCUGUAAACUUGAGGAGAAAUGGCGUUGCCGGAGAAGACUUCCAGACCGUGUGCCAAGAAGGCCACCCAGCAGAACCCCCUGCGUCACCAGAGCCUGCCCUCCCCGGCUCUGUGCUGCGCCUGCGGGCUCUGCAUCUUGCUCGCCGGCAUCAACAUCACUCUGGUGGGAGCUUUCGCCUUCAGCACCUUCAUCCCAACAGGGAACCCGGCGAUAGUGAUCGGGCCGCUCCUGCUGCUCAUCGCUCUGGGAUUCUUCACCACCUGCUGCGUGGUCAGCCGGAGACCCCAGUCCCAGUCGGGCGACGCAGCUAAGGGGGACCAGAAGUGGGGCCUGGUCAGGAUGGGGACGGCCACGUUUGAGAUGGAGACCAGCGAGCACACGCUGCAGGACACCACUGGCGUGCAGCUCAGUCCCACCAACUCAGCAAGUUGCUCACACAAGUCCAUGUCCAGCCACGGCAGCGGUGCUCAGGCUGAUGACAAAGAUUCCGAUGACAAAUGCUGA